UCACUUCCGUCCUCUAUAAAAUGUUAGUGCAUCUGUCCACAGCAUCAUUGCACGAGAACCGGAGUAAACGACGGACAUGAACAUUUUCGUGCAGAUAUUGGGCUUGGUAGCAGCAUGCGCAGCUGGUGGUGUAGAAUCCAGUGGAUCACAUGAUAAUGGGGACAGCGGUGGAUGGCACGCUCUUGACUAUUCAAAUCUUGCGGGUAAUGGUCACUUCCUAGCAGGACUUAGUCAAGAUUAUCAAGCUUUAAGCCACGGACAAGAAGGUGGACACACAUUUGAACAUGAUGGUUCUCAGCCUACGCACGCAUUCGGACAUAAUGCUGGUCAUGGAUAUGAUUUGGGCAAUCAGGGACAGCCAAAGAGUUUUGAUGUAGGAAGCCACAAUGCUUUUCCAUCUUUCGCAGCAUCUGGGCAUGACUUCACCGGCGAUACUUAUCUUCAAGCUGCUCAUGAAUUUGGAAAUCAUGACCAAGGUGUCUAUAAUGCACAUGCUGGAGAUUUGAACAGUCAGGGUGGUAAUGAUCACGGGGAUUCGAAUGUUCAAAGUGACGGUGAGGAAUCAAAUGGACAUAGUGAUGAAUCUCAUGGUCAGGCAGAGAGUGCCGGUGAUGCUCCAUCGCAUGGUGAAACGCAAGCGUAUAUUCUCCACGACGGUGGCAACGAAUAUGGACAUGGAGGACAAGGUGCGAUCGUCCAUGAUUUAGGUGUUCAAGGAUUGCAAGGACACAAUUUCGAAGGACAGUAUAAUCACGGAUUUGCAGGAGGAUUAGACCAUGCUGAACCGUUUACUGUUGGUGAGCAUACUGAUGAGCAAAAGCCUGUUGAAGUACCGUUGUAUAAACAUGUAACUGUGCCUGUGCAAAAACUCGUCCAUGUAAAUGUACCAAAGCCAAUUUUGGUUGGCAUCCCCCAACCGUACCCUGUAAAGGUACCUGUCAACAAGCCUGUGGCCGUUCCUGUUGAAACCGAAAUUACCAUCCCGAUUGAAAAGGUGGUUCCUUAUCCUGUUGUAAAGCAUGUUCCCUACCCGGUUGAAAAACAUGUUCCAUUUAAAGUAGAAAAAACCGUACAUGUCCAUGUACCCCAACCUUACCCCGUGAAAGUUCCCAUUUACAAAACGAUUCAUCAUCAUAAAGACCACUAAAUCUAUUUAGCUACUUAUUAAAAACGUGUAAUUGAAUGUGAAUGGUUGUUGACUUGAAUUCUAUAGUAUGGUAUGUUGCGUGUGUUGUUUACCAAGCCAUGUAAAUAAUAAUGUUGUUAACUAAUUUUAAGUCAUUUUCAACUUGAUGGUUGUAGUUGAUUUAUUUAUUGUGUAUAUGUUGUUUAUAUACAUUUGUUGUUGUUGUUUUACUGUUGACUUUUAUUU